GCAGUUCUGUUCGGCCUUCGUGUUGCUAGGCGCGAGGGCCACUGUCAGUGCCAAGGCAGCCGGGACUAUCGUCUUCGCGUUUUAUUCCUCGAUUCUCCUAUAUAUACAUAACAUAACAUAACAUAUGUAGUAUUUAUUCUCUUCAUCUGGCUCUCUGUCCACAUUACCUCUGCUCUUCUUCAUCUUCAUCAUCAUCAUCAUCAUCAUCAUCAUCAUCAUCAUCAUCAUCAGUAUCAUCAUAAUCCAUAUCUCUGUCUUUAUCACUCAUUUAAACUAUACCACAUUAUACAUUAUACAUAAUAUAAACACACAUGUACACGUUUUAAGUAUCAUAUGUGUACAUAUGCGGGUUUUUCGCCGUGGCAAGCCGGUAGAGUGAAGCCGAAACCCAAAACUCCUCAGUGUUUGUCGAGUCUUCGCACAGUCAACGCCCAAUACAUCCGCGCUACCUCGACAAUUUAUUCAAUCUUCAGUCGUCUGCACUGUGAAUCUGAGUCCUUUAAGAUGGACCUCAUUCUCGACAUCAACAGCUGGCUUUAUCCAAUGGAACUCGGUGAUAAAUUCCGGCUGGUGCUCGCAACCACCCUGAGAGAAGAUGGAUACCCCGAUGGCGGUGAUUGGAACGCUAUUGAGCAAGAAGGAGGAUCUAGAGCAGACAGUUUUGAAUACGUAAUGUCCGGGAAAGUUUACCGCAUCGAAGGAGAUGAUCUCAGCAACGAGCCAGGCAGCCGACUAUCCGCCUACGUGUCCUUUGGAGGACUUUUGAUGCGAUUGCAAGGCGACGCUAACAAUCUUCAUGGCUUUGAGAUCGACCAGAGCAUGUACUUGCUGAUGAAAAAACUCGCAUUUUAAAAAGACCCAAAAAAAAUAUUUUAAUACACAUUUUUAUACUUUUAUAUAUUUUAUACUGAGGAAGAAAAAGAAGAAUUGAGUAAAAGUACAAAGGGAUUAUUUUUUUGUUUUGCAUUUGAUCGAUCACUGGAGAUCUGGAUAUCGCAUGUUCUGCAAAAGUUUAUGUUUGCUUUAUACAUAUUCUAGUUAAACAUUCUAGCGUAUGUUAAUAUUGAAACCUUGCGACGCAGCCCUAGAGUAUGCAAACAUAUACCUACACGUAUAUUUACAUAUGUGUAUCACGUCUUGUUGACUUGUAAACAGUAUGUUUCUCAUUGCCAAAUCUGUCCGUUUUAUGUCCAUAAAUAUAUCAAUUGUUUUCUUUUGA